GGACGGGUCGGCCGACGCGCGGUGACCUUUUAAUUUCGAAUCGUCGAGCCGAGACGACGGUUUGCUUAAUCCCUCGACUGACUGCAGCAGGACUCUUCCAGCGUGUUUUAGUUUCUCACGAGCGCUCCUACCGCGCAACAUCCCGUAACAGUGCACAUUCUUUUUUUAAGAAUGAAGCCUUUGGUGACAUCGAGUGCAAUUUUGCUGUUAUUUAUAUGCUUAACGCAUCCGUCGGACGGUAGGUUUACUAAACGCCGGCAUUCGGUAUUUGUUACCACAACGCAGGCUUCCGAAGAAAUGGACGGCACGUUCGAGUAUGAUGAAGAAUGGUACAUGUGGAGAUGUUAUCCUCCGUUCGGUUGCUUUUACAUCGGAGCCCCAUGGUCAGGCGGCAGUAGACCAGUAUCUACAUUUCCAGUACGGCCGGAAACUAUCAGUCCACUAUUUAUGCUCUACACACGACAUCUCGACCAACCGCGCGAACUGAGCAUCGACAAUUUUCGUUCGAUUCGAGACUCGCCUCUAAAGAGGAAUGCAAACCUUUACUUUAUCAUUCACGGCUAUUUGGAUAAUGGAAAUAAGACUUGGGUCUUGAGGACAAUGCGAGAAUUACUUUUGAGGGAAGAUGCUAACGUUGUCGUGGUGAGUUGGAUAGGUGGAGCCGGGCCACCGUACACUCAGGCAGUAGCUAACACAAGACUAGUUGGAGCUAUGACUGGUCGUUUGGCAUCACAGCUCAUUCAAAAAGGAAACAUUUCCCCGAAUAGAAUGCAUUGCAUUGGGCACAGCUUGGGCGCUCACACUUGCGGUUACGUCGGCUCUAAUUUACGAGUUCAAUAUGGAUAUAAGCUUGGCCGAAUAACAGGUCUCGAUCCAGCCGAGCCGCACUUUAGUAACACCAACCCAAUGGUUCGUUUAGACCCGACUGACGCCGAUUUCGUCACAGCGAUACACACAGACUGCAAUCCAUUCAUCAGCGGUGGUCUUGGAAUUAGUCAAUCCGUGGCACACAUUGAUUUUUAUCCAAAUGGAGGAAGAAAUCAACCAGGAUGUAACGAGGGUGUUUUCAACUCCAUCACUUUGGAAAAAGGAAGUUUCUUCAGAGGAAUAAAGAGGUUCCUCGGUUGCAAUCACAUAAGGAGUUACGAGUACUUCAUAGAAAGCAUCAACACUCCGUGUCCGUUCGUGUCGGUGCCGUGCGCCUCGUGGGAGAAAUUUCAGAACGGCAGCUGCUUCGACUGCCUCGAGCAGGAUUGCCCAAGGUUUGGCUUUCAGGCCCAGCCAGGAAAUCAUCACGCUUCCGUCUACCUGAUGACAGGAAAGGACAAGCCGUUUUGCAAGGCACACUACCGCGUCACGAUAAACAUCUCCAAGACGAACGAGAGUGUCAGCUACGGCGGCGAGGUUGGCAUUUUCGUGAUACGUGUGUUCGGGCAGAACGGCAAGAUCACUGACAGAUUGGCGCUCAGCGAAAACUCCAAGUACUACGAACCCGGCACUCGACACACGGUUGUCGUUCCCGGCGACGUCGUCGGCAAAGUCGAAGCCGUUGAGAUCACCUGGGAUUAUCAGACUUCUAUGUUCAAUCCACUCACUUGGAGACUGCUGCACAAGCCCAAAGCGUACAUCGAUUCGCUUACGAUCAAGAGCUUAGAGUUUCACAAUGAGAUAACAGUGUGUCCCGGCAGCACGAAGACACUAGUGGCGAACGAGCCUCAAAUGCUGAAAGUUGAAAAUUGCCGGUACAGUGACCUGAAUUUCAUCUCGACGUGAGAACAUUCGCAUAGCCGAACCGUUCAAAAAAAUUGACCCAAAGCAUCGAAUACAAUGAUUACUAAAAAAAGAAAACAAAAAAAAAAGUAUGAGCGUACAUAAAGCCAAAGUACAGAGUCGCUGCUUGGACUCAAUUAGACGUACGUCCCAAUGGCCUUAAAACGCAAGUAUUGAGACUAUAGCGGUGAUUAAAUUCGCCUCGAGUGAUAUGUGGUGCAAUGCAAACUGCGAACUGGGCUAAUUAAACUAGUACAGAUGGCAAUUAAACUUCUUUUCUUUUUUGCUUCGAAUGGUACGUCAAGGAAUUACUGAGAAUGUGAAAAAAAAAACUAAUCGAUUGACGUUACAAAGACGUAUUAUAAUAGUAUAAAUAAUAAAGAUAUUCUGUCAUUUUACAA